GCGGGGGAAGCGGGGCUGUAGCUGGGCAGGGAGAGGGCGGACGAAAUCGGCAGCGAUCUCGGCUGCGGCGCUGCCGCAGCUGCCCGACCCGCGGGGCGCGCCCUGACCCUUCCUCUUUGGGCAGGCUCCAGGGCGCGCGCACGGUCGGCGUUCCGGGGCCUCAAACUCCUGGGCCUUGACCGGGCAGGCCGCGUCUCCCCGGGUGUGAGUCCACCGGGACCCGGCCGCCGCCUAAGCGCUGGCGCCACAGAAGCGGCGGCGCCCGAAGACGCGCUCCUGGCUCGGCCCGACAGCCUCGCUUGGCCGCCAGUUCUUCUGCAGCCGAAGGCGGUAAGGUCUGGGGCGACGGCGCGGGCCGCGCGGAGGGCCUUUGGACCCGGCCGGGCGCGUUCCUGGAGUCUUGCUCUGUCACCCAGGCUGGAGUGCAGUGGCAUGAUAUCGGCUCACUGCAACCUCUGACUCCCGGGUUCAAGUGAUUCUUGUGCCUCAGCCUCCCAAGUAGCUGGGAUAACAGGUUGUUCUUUUAAAGAAAUUUUGAAGACGAAGGUUUUUUUCUUUUUUUCUUUUUUUUAAUGGCUUUACAGAAUCUUAAAUAGAAUACAGUUUGACAUGACGGCAAAAAAUGUUGGUUUGACUUCCACAAAUGCAGAAGUAAGAGGAUUUAUAGAUCAGAAUCUCAGUCCAACAAAAGGUAAAUACCUAGAAGUGGAAUUGCUGGGUCAUAUGUCUUCUGCUCAGAAUGGCAUCCAUGAUUCUGUUUCUUUCCCCAUGUUUUUUACUGUAGUCCCAGGCAACAUUUCAUUUGUUGCAUUUCCAGUUUCCAAUACCAACUCACCUACGAAGAUUUUACCAAAAACCUUAGGACCAAUAAAUGUGAAUGUUGGACCCCAAAUGAUUAUAAGCACACCACAGAGACUAACCAGUUCAGGAAGUGUUCUGAUUGGGAGUCCAUAUACCCCUGCACCAGCAAUGGUUACUCAGACACACAUAGCAGAAGCUACUGGCUGGGUCCCUGGUGAUAGAAAACGGGCUAGAAAAUUUAUAGACUCUGAUUUUUCAGAAAGGGCGCUUUUCAUGAAUGGAGCUUGCAGGACUGGAAGUUGCUCUGGUAAACGAAGCAAAAAAGGAGAUAAAAAUGGGAAAGGCUUGAGACACUUUUCAAUGAAAGUGUGUGAGAAAGUUCAACGAAAAGGUACAACAUCGUACAAUGAAGUCGCUGAUGAGCUGGUGUCAGAGUUCACCAAUUCAAAUAACCAUUUGGCUGCUGAUUCGCAGGCUUACGAUCAGAAGAACAUUAGGCGAAGAGUUUAUGAUGCUUUAAAUGUGCUAAUGGCAAUGAACAUAAUUUCAAAGGAAAAAAAAGAAAUCAAAUGGAUUGGCCUGCCUACCAAUUCUGCUCAGGAAUGUCAGAAUCUGGAGAUAGAGAAGCAGAGGCGGAUAGAACGGAUAAAGCAGAAGCGGGCCCAACUGCAAGAACUUCUCCUACAGCAAAUCGCUUUCAAAAACCUGGUACAGAGAAAUCGACAAAAUGAGCAGCAAAACCAGGGCCCGCCGGCUCUGAACUCUACCAUUCAGCUGCCAUUCAUAAUCAUCAAUACAAGCAGAAAAACAGUCAUAGAUUGCAGCAUCUCCAGUGACAAGUUUGAGUAUCUUUUCAAUUUUGACAACACCUUUGAGAUCCAUGAUGACAUAGAAGUACUAAAGCGGAUGGGAAUGUCGUUUGGCCUGGAGUCAGGCAAAUGCUCUCUGGAGGAUCUGAAACUUGCGAAAUCCCUGGUGCCAAAGGCUUUAGAAGGUUAUAUCACAGAUAUCUCCACAGGACCUUCUUGGUUAAAUCAGGGACUACUUCUGAACUCUACCCAAUCAGUUUCAAAUUUAGACCUGACCACUGGUGCCACCUUACCCCAGUCAAGUGUAAACCAAGGGUUAUGCUUGGAUGCAGAAGUGGCCUUAGCAACUGGGCAGUUCCUGGCCCCAAACAGUCACCAGUCCAGCAGUGCGGCCUCUCACUGCUCCGAGUCCCGAGGCGAGACCCCCUGUUCGUUCAAUGAUGAAGAUGAGGAAGAUGAUGAGGAGGAUUCCUCCUCCCCAGAAUAAAGACAAGAGAAAGCCUACGUUUCAAUAUGUGAUGCUCAUGUGUGUUUGUAGUGUGAGCUCUUGUUUUUGAAAUGAUUGCUUCAGUCUUUGCCUUUGUUUGCACUGUGUGUUCAGUGAAAACUAGAGAAACACAAUAAGCAAAUCACAUGAAGGCUGAGAUGAUUGAGAUGAAAGUUAACAUAGUGUGAAUGAAAGUCUGGCCAACAGAGCAGUAGAUGAUAUAACAAAGCAUGCUUUCUGAGGAGAUAGUGGGGAUAAUCCCUGAAGAGUUGCAGUGUGAGUGCAACUCAUUUAUCUUCUGUGAGGUGGGAUUUUUGUGUUCCUCACACCCAUUUAAUUAUUCUUAGAAUUGAGAUUGCUACACGGAGCAGUCCUUGACGAUCGUGUUUCUGACGUUUCUCUUCCUUGCCUGGACUGCCUUUGACAAGGCGGAAAUGAACAUGAAAAGUCCCCAGGAGAGGGGAGCUGUGUAGUGAGGGAUACUGAGGGCAGUCCUGUGGCCGAGGGGCACAGAUUGAACUGCUGAACAAGUUGGAGGUCUAGAUGAGGUGCUUUACGCAUCAGCUGCCUUAGACAGCUUCUAGAAAGGAGCGAGCGCUACUUCUUAAGUACUUAAGUGACAUUUAGAUAAUUUAUAGUAAAACUGAAAUUAUUAUUAGCCAAUGCAUUGGUGCAUAGAAUUUACUAGGGCUACUUCUGGAAGCCAAAAUAGAAUAGCAUUUCCAUGUGCAUUAAAUACUUUGCCAGCACUGCCUUUUGCCAGCAUCCUAAAUCCGGAGUUUUACAAGGAAGGAAACUGUAUCUUUAGGUUAAUCAAAGCUAUGCAUUUCAUAUAGCUUUUUCAUUUAAAACAAGACAAAGAAACAAAUUCCUAUGACCAAAUUGCUUGCCUACAGUUCCCUGCAGUAAUUGUAUGAUCUCACCCAGUGUGCAAUUUGUGAAAAUGAACCAAAUGUCAUUACUUUUGUCUUAAAGAAAAGUCUAUUUCAAGAAUAUGAACAGCAAUGUUUCCUUGUACAUGUCACCUUUUUUCACAUUUUCAUUAAUCAGAAUGACCUUAUUGAGCCUACUCCUGGGGUCAGUUGCAUUUCAAACUAAUCCAAUAUUUAGUGUUUCACAGAAACACUGGAAAACGUUGAACACUCCUACUGCCUGGAUAUAUGGUAAUGCAGUUAUGUUGUUUAUGGCUCAAGAUGUCAUUAGAAAUACUGCAGUGGUGUAUUCACAGCUGCUGCUUCUCUGAAUGAAAGAGUGUAGGGACACCUGCCACCAUGGCCAGACCCUGACUGAAUUUCACAUUAAGGCUUUGGAAAGGAGCAAAUAAUAAUGGGAGAAUUAACUCCAAAACUUUGACCUGAAUCAUGUGGAUUUGUCCCAAGAUUAUGCUAGAUGCACCAAGCAUGGCCCAAAUUGGUUCUUUUUUAAAUCCCGUGGGGGAAGUGCAGGCUCCUUCCUGUGGUGCCUCUUUAUAGCCUCACCACCAUGCUGACACUGAGCAUGGUGAGGAGGAGAAAGCUUUGGCUAGCUAAACAUGUUUAAUAAGGCCAUAAAAACUGAGAAAGAAAAACAUUCAACUUUAGCUGAAGCUCCUUUGAUACAAUACAAAAGUCUCAUUCUGUCAGAAAUAAGCCAUAGUACAGACUCAGAGAUAGAGGCAGUUUCUAGAGAACUCGGUCUUAUCGUGGGUUCUGGAGCACACCUCUCAGACCAGUCAGGAACACUGGGGAGGUGACAGCAGAUCCCCAGGGGCCUGCAGGGGACCUUUUAGCUGCACGGAUUGGGAUUUCCCUCCAAACCAAACUGUCCUUUAAGGGGCAGCCUCCUCUUUUACUAACUCCACCCUUUCUCAUCUCUGGGACCCAGCAGGGACCUGGAGAGGCCAACGGCCACAGCUACCUUUGUAGUCUUCAAAAUAUUGAACUGCAGGUCCCAAGAUGCAUUUCAGGAUUUAAGACAGGUGCACUAAUGAUAACCAUUCCUUCACCAAAUAGCAACAUUCUUGCCAGAGUUCUUGGGAAACCUGUUUUUUUCUCUACUCUCCAUCUCUGCUGCUCUCAUGCUUUAAAUUGAUAAAAUAUGGGCUUAAAAAAAGAAAGCCGCCAAAGACUCUUAUCCUUAUUGGUGCCCCAUCAUUGGCCACCCCAGCCAUAGGUGUGUGCUGUUGGUGGGAAACGGUCUCCUUCCUCAGUGUUGUGUUUGGGUUACUGGUGAGGCCGGCUCACAGAGUGACAUCGUGGUCACCAGUGCAUGUUGCUGGAGUAAAAUCUUGCCUUUAGAAACUAGGUUGAGCUGUUCAGAAAGGCCAAUUCUCUUCUGUAUUCCCCCUCAACAUUUAUCUGGGUCUAAAGCUCAGCACUGAGUCACAAUUUCACACAAAAUCAAAAUGAGGCAGUGCCUCUCGCCUGUAAUCGUAGCAUUUUGGGAGGCCGAGGCAGGCACAUUGCUUGAGCUCAGGAGUUCAAGACCAGCCUGGGCAACAUGACAAAACCCUGUCUCUACAAAAAUACAAAAAUCAGCUGGGUGUGGUGGGGCAUGCCUGUAGUCCCGGCUACUCAAGAGGCUGAGGUGGGAGGAUUGCUAGAGCGCAGGAGGCGGAGGUUGUAGAGCCAAGAUCACACCACUGCACUCCAGCCUGGGUGACAGAGCAAGACCCUGUCUCAAAAAAAAAAAAAAUUGGGCGAGGCGGGGGGAAGUUGUGGUCACAAUGCCCAGGCUUCUUUGUUAUAGUGGCACGCUGGGUUACUUGCCACACACAGAUCACUCCUCCCAGGGCUGCUGGCACACACUGAUUGUGGGGAGUUCAAGAGGCCUUUUCCCCUUGAGGGUGAGUAUGGCUGUCCCCCUCUCAAGCGUGUGGCAUCAUUCAUUGAGGAAGUGCUGGCUCUAUUUAGCACAUGCACAGUGGCACUAGGACCUGCGUGUCUGGCCCUCAGUGGGAAGGGCGGUGCUGCCUAGGCACACAGCAGCGCUUAUGGGCCCCAGGUGCCUACCAGGCUGCCUUCCUCUUCCCCGCUGUCAGUCUGUGUCCUCCACGUGCUCGUUUCCUGUGGUGAGAGCAGUUGUGGUGUUUGUAUACCUUGUGCCUUAUGAUCAAGGUGGGCCUUGGAGGAGGGCGGGAAAGGAGCGGCCAACACGACGGUCCUCCACCCCUCAGUGACACCUACCGCCCGAGAAACUACAGACGAUGGCCACAUGUUUGGCAUCCUUCAAUUUAAUUCUUUAAAGAAGUGAUGGGAAGAAAAAGCUAUGUGGUUUCUGCCAUUUUAGCAGGAUAAAGAGGAUAACUCCUUCCAUUAGCAAAUUUUACAGUUGUAACAGUACUCUGCCAUAUUUGAAAAAUAAUGCCAUAGUCAGUCCUUGAAAACAAGGUAGCUCCUAUCAGAUAAUUCAAAUGGAAAUUUUUUUUUUUUUUUUUUCUUGAGACUGAGUCUCACUCUGUCGCCCAGGCUGGAGUGCAGUGGCGAUCUCGGCUCACUGCAAGCUCCACCCCACCCCGGGUUCACGCCAUUCUCCUGCCUCAGCUGGGACCGCGCCUGGCUAAUUUUUUUUGUAUUUUUAGUAGAGACGGGGUUUCACCGUGUUAGCCAGGAUGGUCUCGAUCUCCUGACCUUGUGAUCCGCCCCCUCGGCCUCCCAAAGUGCUGGGAUUACAGGCGUGAGCCACCGCGCCCGGCCUCAGAUGGAAGUAUUUCACAGAGGAGUGGCUCAGUUUAGCCCUGCAGGACAUCUGUAACUUGACUGUUUGCUGAACCACAACUCUCUGGCUAUUUGGGUCAUAGAGACAGCAGAGUUGCUCCAAUUAUAGAUGUGACUUAGGCUCCCUCCAGCACACACUGUGUGUGCUGGAGGGAGUGUGGAUUAGCAGAGGAUGAGAACUACCUCAGCUAUUCCUGCCAUAACCACACUGAGGAGGGGGCACGGUGGGGAGCCUAUUUAGCUUUUUUUUUUUUUUUUUUUUUUGAGACGGAGUCUUGCUCUGUCGCCAGGCUGGAGUGCAGUGGCGCGAUCCCGGCUCACUGCAACCUCUGCCUCCCGGGUUCAAGCGAUUCUCCUGCCUCAGCCUCCCAAGUAGCUGGGAUUAUAGGCGCAUGCCGCCACACCCGACUAAUUUUUUGUAUUUUUAGUAGAGUCAGGGUUUCACCAUGUUGCCUAGGCUGGUGUCGAACUCCUGACCUCAGGUGAUCUGCCCACCUCAGCCUCCGGAAGUGCUGGGAUUACAGGUGUGAGCCACCGCCCCCGGCUCUAUUUAGCUUUUUAAAAAUUAUUUCAUUUCAAGGGCCCUUUAAUAUCUAUCAAGCUCCCUCCCCUAACAAAAUGAGCUGUCCCUGCCCAACAAGUCUGUGAAAUAGACCUUAAAACUGUGCUGCCUUAGUGGUAAGUAAGGGGUGGGGGUUGGACAGUGAAUCUUAAGAUUUCAUCCUUCAUUCAGUAAGCAUUUGAGUACCUACUGUGAGCAGGCAUUGGGGUGGAGCAGCGAGAGCCCUGCCGAUGUUGGGUUCUCCUCCUACUGGGGAAACAUGAUCACAGAUGGAACAUGUGCAGAUUGAUUGAUGAGUGCUGUGGAGAAAGCAGCAGCAUAGCGGGACCGUUUGGGAAAGGCUGCUUUGGCUGGGGGUAGCCGGGGAAGGCCCCUCUGGGAAAGAGACAGUUUUACUGAGUCAGACGGUGGAAAGAUAGAUGUCUCUAUACUUUCUUAACAAGCCACUCUGUCCCAUAACAUGCACUUGGAAUCUCUCCUAAGUUCCAGAGGCCCCACUGUUCCAGUUUCAAGCCUUCAUUUUGGAGUCUGUUCAGGAACUUUUAAGACUUGAAAGCAAAGUUAGCUACCAGCAGUUUCCGUAAACCAAGAGAAGAUUCUAACAAAGAUUCACUACUUUCCAACUGAAUCUAUGCAGUAGAAAAAUCAUUAGAAAAUACAAAAAUUAGCCGGGCGUGGUGGCACAUGCCUGUAGUCCCAGCUACUCGGGAGGCUGAGGCAGGAGAAUCACUUGAACCCAGGAGGCGGAGGUUGCAGUGAGCCAAGAUCCCACCACUGUACUCCAGCCUGGGCGACAGAGCAGGACUCUGUCUCCAAAAAAAAAAGAAAAAGAAAAAUGAUUAGAAAUUAAGAACUAUUUUACGUGUUUCUAAGUUGUUGGCUACAUCAAAGAGAUCAUCUCUAUUCUGCGUAUGGGCUGGCUUUGGUGAAGCUGAUGACUGGACUUCUAAGAACCGUUUUCCCAAAUGGGUUCCCAUAUUCAUGCACCCAAAGCAAUGGCCCCCAAGCACUGAUGAAAACUAAUAUGCGUUUCCCAAAGACCCACGCUAUGUAUCAGGAGCCUGCACCAUGCCAUUCGAAUGACCCUCAGCAAUGUGCCUCCCUGCCCUCAAAUUCCCAGUUGAUAACAGUGUUUGGUUAAAUUUCCACUCAAGCCAAACAUGGUUACUAAGAAGAGAAAAGCCUGAUGUUUGCAUAAUAUUUUUUUUCCCCUCAAGAUGGAGUCUUGCUCUGUUGCCCAGGCUGGAGUGCAGUGGCACGAUCUCAGCCACUGCAACCUCUGCCUCCCGGGUUCAAGCGAUUCUUCUGCCUCAGCCUCCCAAGUAGUUGGGAUUACAGACAUGUGCCACCACGCCUGGCUAAUUUUUGUAUUUUUAGUAGAGAUGGGUUUCACCAUGUUGACCACACUGGUCUUGAACUUCUGACCGUGUGAUCCGCCUGCCUCGGCCUCCCAAAGUGCUGGGAUUACAGGCUUGAGCCACCACGCCCAGCCUAAGAUUUUAUGAUUAAAAAAAAUUCGAGCUCAAUACCCACAUAAAUUAUAACGUUUCUCAGGAAAUAGUCCCUUAAAAAACGUCUCUGAGAGGUUAUGCUUAGGUUAUCGCUGGGAUCCGAUUUUCCCACAUGUCUCACUCCACAGUAUACUAAAGAAGAAAAAGUGAGCGGGCACAACACUUUGACUCUCUGGCUAAGCCCUGGAAGUCCCUGACAGGUCCAGAAACUUCUCUGACACCCGUUCACCAGGGUGCUGAGAUAGGAGAAAGUGCUCAUUUAUAAUGUGUAUUCUGUGCAGCUGUUCUCAGACAAGGCCGGAUCUUGUCAUCUUACCUUUUGCUUUACAAAAAAGGCCGGUUGAAGUCAGUGCUCUUUUGCCCCUUGCUGUUUCAGCAGGUUAGACUUUGGUCUUCACUGCUUAUAGCUGCAUUGGAGGCCAACGUAGCUGAUGCUCAGGGUCAGGCCUCGCCCCUUCGCCGCAGGUCUCAGGAUGGGGGAGAACAUCGCUCUCACCCUGCUCAUUUGGAGAUGGGAAACAAGCAAGAGCUUGACUUGCCUCCCAUCCCUCAGCCUGCCUGUGGCAGAGCCUGCACCAAAACCCAGAGCUUCUUCCCUCUGUGAGGGCCACGCUGUCACCACAGUCCUCCCAGACGGGUUUUGGAUUAGCAUCAGUCCUGUGUCAUCAAGUGCCAAACAGCUGAGGGGCAGAAGUGGGACUCCUCUCCUGAGCCCCAGCAUGAGGCUGUGGUGUCAGGUUUAGGCCUCUCUCAAGUCAGAAAACCCUGGGCUGAGACCUCCACAGACAAGGGCUCCCCAUGCUGGCCAUUGGCAGGGGCCCAAGAAGUUCAGUGACCAACUGGUCCUUCCACACCGCACCAGCUGGUGCUGCCCAUGUCUGUUGAAUCAUAACAGGGAAGCUUCCCCAGCUCAUGUUUGGAUUUAAAAACUCAUCCCUUGUGCAAUGCAUGCGAUUUGUCACUUACCAUACUUCACCAUGGCCGAGCUUCAUGUCACAUGGCCUGGUAAUUAUGCUUGUUCACACUGGGGCCAGGGUUUUCAUACUAAAACGUCACUGACAGUGGGGCUACUUUUCUCCUGAAUAGCUCCUCUGGGCUUGUUGCAGUUCUAUUUUUCCCAGUAGUAUCAUGAUAGGUUCAACCUCUCAGUGUCCUGAAAAAUGGAACCACCCACUAACCAUAUGCACUGGCUGCCCAGGUGGCUGCACUCCGGGGAUCAUGUUUCAAUACUGAGUUCCUUCACGCACUUGGUUCACCACCAUCACCCUUGAGUUUUGGACAAAAGAGGUGGGUAUGCCGGGCACAGUGGCUCACGCCUGUAAUCCCAGCAAUUUGGGAGGCCGAGGCGGGCGGAUCACCUGAGGUCGGGAGUUCGAAACCAGGCUGACCAACAUGGAGAAACCCUGUCUCUACUAAAAAUAUAAAAUUAGCCGGGUGUGGUGGUGCAUGCCUGUAAUCCCAGCUACUCGGGAGGCUGAGGCAGAAGAAUCUCUUGAACCCGGGAGGCAGAGGUUGCAAUGAGCUGAGAUCGUGCCAUUGCACUCCAGCCUGGGCAACAAGAGCGAAACUCCAUCUCAAAAAAAAAAAAGGUGGGUAAAGGGCCAUGAGCCCAAAUCACUAGGUUGUUCACCUUUUCAUCUGAAAAUGCUUUACUGUGACUAUGUGCUAUUGGGUUUUAUUUCCAGAAAAUAUAGUUCUCCUUUUUUCUGCAUGAAGGAUACAUCAUGGUGCCACGUGCUUUAAGCAAUUUAAACGAGAGAUAAGAGGAAAAUGCAACCACCACAUCUGACUUGCCCAAUGUAGACUUUCCUCUAUUAGAUUGAAGUACACAACCUAAUAUGAUAUAUUAUUUUGUAGUAUCUCAGACUUUGUAAAUAAAUACCAUUAUUUUUAUAUGGAAAUUUUAUAGAAGAGCUAUUUCUGUAUACGUAAUUAUUCCUGAUUUUCUGAAAUUGCUUCUGGUAGAUAACAGACAAGUUCUAAGCAGUGUUCCACUAAGGGUGGUUCCAGGCCUGCCUGCCGUGGAGUUGACUGGGGAAAUUUUACAGUUUUGUGAUCCUAGGAUGCGUCCCAGACGCUCAGUCAGAAGCGCUGGAGGUGGGGCCUGGGAAGCUGUAUUUGUAAUGAACUCUGAUGUUUUUUGUCCAUUAAAGUGUAUCUUUGUCCAUCCUAUAAGAUUAAAAGAAAGAAAAAGCAUCUCAAAUGAGUGUAAGUUCUUGAGAAAAAAAUGUAUCAGACUUUUAUGAUUUGAAUGAAAUGUAUUAUAGAAAAAAUAAACACUUUAAAAUAA